CCCGAAGAAGAAUGAAUACGUCCGUGGAUUGGUUAUUGCUACCAUGGCUACACUUUGACUGAGAUAAGUGACAUUUAGAUGUUUUGUUUGGGCUCGUUUUUACCCAUGAAAUCGUAAAAUGUGGAGGUUAAACAAAGUUCGGCACAAAGCUGGACGCCCGGACGACAGUUUGGAUCAGCUCAGGCUGAAGAGGCGGCAGCAUGACCGAGCACUGAGACAGGCCCGCAGAGACAGGCAGCUCGUGAGCAAGAGGCUCCUGCUGAAUGAAGAUGAAGAGCAGCCCGAUGUCAUGGACACAUCCCCGGGAGAACAGCAGGAUGUGGUCGGUUUGCUCCAUAAACUUCAGCACAGCGGGCCGGAGAAGGAGGCCCACCUGAAAGCCUUGAGUAAAGCUCUGCGCGACCCAUCGGCACAGCUCACCUUCAUCAAGCAGGAGAACAGUAUGCAUUUGCUGGUCGGCCUCCUCACUGGCUCUAAUGCUCAGUGCCGUCUGCAGGCCGUCCGGUGUCUUCAUGAGCUGUCUCACUCUCCCCACACCACCAUGGCGCUGGCCUGUCUGCCUGCUACCCCCUACCUGUUAACUUACCUGUCUGGCCAGAGCACCAAGUUCACAGAGCUGUGUCUCUACACACUGGGUAACAUAUGCCCAGACAAUGAGGCUGUACGAGAGAAGCUGCUGGCUCAGGGAAUCAUACCAGCUCUGGCCGGUUGUAUGGAGAGCCAGAGACAUAACCUUGCAGUAGUGGAAGCUGUGGGGUUCACCCUCUCUCAGCUCCUCCAGACCAAAGAUGCAGCAGAGAAGAUAAUCCCGAUGGUCCUGGCCUCAAGUUUACCCUCACACUUAUUGUCAGUCCUGACACCUGACCCAAAAUUUGGCCUGGGCCCCGCCAUUGAGUGUGCAUGGUGUCUGCACUACCUCACAUGCAGCACCAAGGAUAAUAACACAGAGUUGUUAGCUCGAGGGGCCCUGUCGCACUGCAGUUCCCUCUUAGUCUCACUAGGUGAUGCUGUGGCUGAAGGAAACAAAGACGAAGGAAUGGAGCUGCUUGUCUGUCCUCUGCUGAGAUGUGUGGGAAACCUGCUGUCCUCCUGUCCAGUCAAAGACAUGAUCACUCAAGUGGGUGAUGUCCAUCUCGUGGUUUCCCUGUGUGCACUAGUUCAGGCAUACCUGCACACCCGGCCCGGAUUAGCCAGAGAGACUGUCUGGGUCCUCAACAACCUCACAGCUCACUCCAAUGAAUUCUGCUCUGCUCUGUUGACGUUCAACAUGAUCCCAGGACUUAUCCAGCUUCUGCCGUUUUCACGAGGCAUCAACACCAUGAUCCUGAGGAUCCUUGCAAAUGUUGCCCACAAGAAAAAGGAGUUCUGUGUUGAGCUGGCGCGGCUCGGACUGCUGCCUGCGCUCGGUGCCACGCUUAAGAUGGCCGACCAAGAAGUGGUGACCCUGAGUCUGGACGUCCUGUUCAUGCUGGUAGUUAGUGGUUCACAGGUGGCAGAGGAGUUUGUGCGGCAAGGUGGGCUCUCGCUGUUGGAAGCCCUUCAGUACAACGGGGAAGGAGAGAUGAGACGAAGGGCGACGUACCUCCUGGAGCAACACCUGCUGACCCAUUAACAAUAAUGUUCAUAAAGUAUGAUUGUCUUCAUUGAAUCAUUAGUAAAUCAGGAUUAAACAUGAAUGUGAGCUCGUGUGUUACAUGGGCAACAAGAACACAUCUGAGGAUACAUGACGACUUGUUUCAUUUUGACUCGUGCUGAAAGACAGGUAGUCACUUUGUAUUUGAAGGUUUUUAUUGGUAUUUUAAUGUGUAACUAGGGAAUAUUUUUAAACCAUCGUGUAUCACGAAAUAGUUAAAGUACUUGAAAUUGUAUUUAUGUUGAGAAACAUUUUGACUUUUCUGUUCAGACACUGGUGUGUGUUUUGCUCUUCAAACUGAAGCUCCAGCUGCACGCCCAGAUGUUUAUCUGACCGGCUAUAAAAUGAGGGUGAUGCAGAAGGACGGUUUAUUAUUUUUUUUCAUUUUUUAUGACACAUUUUACAAUUAUCAUGGGUUUCUUGUCAAUAAUAAAUCAUGCUUACAAAUUCAUUAAAUGCAUUGUUAAAUAAUAAUAAAAAAAUAAAAAAAUAUACAAAUGUGAGUUAAGAUAUGUUC